AUGGCCCGCUGGCUCCGGGAGCACCUGGGCUUCCGCAGCGCCAAGCCCGCGCCGCCCGCGCCGCCCAAGCCCGACUACCGGGCGGGCCUGCCCCAGCCGCCCCCGCCGCCGGGGGGCGCCCCCGCCGCUCCGCUCUGCCCGGCCGCGGCCCAGCCCGACAUCCUGGCCGCCUACAAGCUGCAGCGGGACCGGGACUUUGAGGACCCCUACACGGGGGCUGGCCCGGGGGGCCUCGCGCCCGACGCCCGCUACGGCUCGCCCAAGCACCGGCUCAUCAAGGUGGACGCGGCGGAGAAGGCGCCCGAGGAGCCCGCCCCGGAGCAGGUGAUUGUCCUCGAGGACUAUGCAGAUCCCUUUGAUGCCAAGCAAGCAGCCAGUGGCCAGCCAGGGCAGGAGAAGGUGGCAGAAAAUGAUGGGUACAUGGAGCCCUACGAAGCCCAGAAGAUGAUGGCUGAGAUCCGCCUGAAGGGCUCCCUCGAGGCCCCUGGCCAGCCGCUGCCCCUGUACGACACACCCUAUGAGCCGGUGCCCAAUGGGCUACCCCCAGACAGCGAGCACCCAUCCUGUGCCCGGCCCCGGGAGUCGCGGCUGCCCCAGGAUGAUGAGCGCCCACCCGAGGAGUACGACCAGCCCUGGGAGUGGAAGAAGGAGCGCAUCUCCAAGGCCUUUGCAGUUGAGAUCAAAGUGAUCAAAGACUUGCCGUGGCCUCCCCCCGUGGGACAGCUCGACAGCGGUGCAAGCUCCCCUGACAGCGAGGCCCACGCCCCUGCACACCCCCGCCAGCCCCAGCACAGCCAUGAAGACACCAACGGCCAUUGUGAGGGGCCAGGGCACGGCCACUCGUCACCCAGCAGGGAGGAGAAGGCCCGAACUGCAAACAGACACGUGAGUGGGAACCCCAAGACAGAGCCCAGCCCGGCCCUCGGGGAGAGGAUCAACCCCACCCUGCCUCUGGAGAGCCAGUGCUGGUACCAUGGGGCGAUCAGCCGGACGGAUGCUGAGACCCUGCUGAGGCUGUGCAAGGAGGCCAGUUAUCUGGUGCGCAACAGCGAGACCAGCAAGAACGACUUCUCUCUCUCCCUCAAGAGCAGCCAGGGUUUCAUGCACAUGAAACUCUCCCGCACCCAGGAGAAGAAAUACGUGCUGGGUCAGAACAGCCCCCUGUUUGACAGUGUGCCCAAGAUCAUCCACCACUACACCAGCCACAAGUUGCCCAUCAAGGGGGCUGAGCACAUGUCCCUGCUCUACCCAGUGGCUAUCCGAACCCUAUAGCCUGCUGUGCAGCAAGGAGGUGCCACAGGGAGCACCCAGCUUGGGCCUGGCAUGCGCGCAGCUCCCCCAGGCAGAGCCAAGGAAGGGCUCCGGACAGCUGGCCAAAGUACAGACUCACGGGUACAGCUGGCUCUGGGCCCGGCGCUGGGAGUGGCCGGACCACAAGCUGCAUUCUGGCUUCUUGCCAACACAGUAGGGCGCUUCCCAAACCCUAGGGGAUGCGCCCCUUCUCUGGGACCAGCUUGUGUACAUACCCCAUGGAAAGGGCCAGGUAUGACUACCACUGUGUCCACUGCCCGCUCGCCGGUCUCCUGCCCGCAGGCCUGGCCCAGGUGGCUCCCACGGUUCCUGUUGCCAAGGCUGGGAAAAGAACAGGGGCGUGGGCUUUGGUGGAGUCCCAGAGACCAAGGGGGGAAUUGGGAGAUAAUUUAUUGCUAAGGCAGGUAAGUGGCCCCUUUCUGGAGGUGCUGAGGCCCCUGGCAGCACUGGCCUGCCUACGGGGAGUGUGAAAGAGCUGAGGGGAUGCGCCCGUUGUGUAUGCCUUGAUCUCCCUCAGAUAUCAUAGAGAAUUCCUAACACUUUUUUUCCACAGCAGGAAUAAGAGCAGGGGUGGGGGGUGUUGGGCCUGCUCCUGACCCGUCCCCACCCCCAUUGCAUUCGAGGGGGCAGUGAGAGCUGGAUCAAGCCCACUGGGCUGCCACUGUGAGACUUUCACCAUGGAAGAGGUUGUUGGAGGAGGACCGCUCCGUGGGACAGGACAGGCGGCCAGCUGGCGCAGCUCACUGCAGACCUGGGUCCAUGGGCCCGGGACAAUCCGCCACCCUCCUUGGCCAAAUGUACACACUGAGUGUGCCAUACCAGCACCCAAUAAAGUCAUGCAAAGC